GACGAAAACAAUGUCACGUGAUGUAUACAGCGCGGAGUUAGAGCUGUUUCAAUACAGCUUCAGUGUGAAGAAUGGCCGAGCAGCACGUUAAGGCGAAGCUCACUGAUUUGCUCAAACAGGACAAAAUUCAGCUCCGGAAUCCCCCGUUCACUACAGAAGCUAAUGAAGCUGGUCUUGAACACAUACAGGAGCUUGCUGUUAGAUAUUCCCAAGUGGUGGGAUCCUCCCAGCCUGAAGUGGAGAUUGCUCUGGAAGACAUAAGAUCACAGGCUGUCAAAAGAGAGGAAGGAAACAGAACCUACAGGGAGACAAAUGCAACUCUGGAGCUCAUGCUACCAAAGGAAAUUAGAAAGGGUAAUAAAAAGAAACACUCCUUGGAAACAAAACUGGAUAUUACAACUCAGGAUCUGAUGAAUAAGAUUACAGAGGAAUUUGGGCUCAAAUAUAUGAAGCUGAUUUUUGAUAAAAAAACUCUGUCUCCAGAUAAGCGACUCGAUGAACAGAACGUAAAGAACAACAGUAAAGUCAUGGUGCUGAAGGUGACUGAACCAGAAGGGAAGAAAGCGAUGGUGGAUGAAGAGGAAAAGGAGCGUUUAAUUGAACAAAGUAUGCAAAGAACUCGAAAAGGUUUCCAGAUCCUCUCAGAAAGAGAUGGUAGUGAGGAUCCAGAGACCACCCCAUUUCUGGAGAUUGCAGAUCACAAAGGCAACCCCAUCCAGAUCCCAGCCCGUGAGAAAAAGGCACUCAUCCUAGCCAUGGGCUUCCAUGAGAAAGGCAGAGCCUUAAUGAAGAAGAAGGAAUACGAUGAAGCUCGCGGUUACCUGGUUCAAGCAGAUAAGCAGUUCAGUAAAUGCGGUUCUGUGCUGUUGAACACGGUGGAUAACUAUGCAGUGCUGCAGCUGGACAUCGUGUGGUGUUACCGUGCUCUGGAGGAUCUGUCCCGUCUGAAAGAUGGCAAAGAGAGACUGCAGCAAGCUGAGAAUUGCUUCCUCAAAUGCUAUGGAGAUGAUCAGCAGAGAUUGCAGAACAUUAAGGGGAAUACAGGUGGAGAGGAGGUUCUGUUUCUCAGGUUGUAUCUGCUUCAGAGUCUGCUGGCGUACCUGGAACGCAACAAGAAUCAAGCUGCUAAGAAACUCAAGCAGGGUGAGGAGCUCUACAGUCAACUGUGUCUGGACCCAGAGAAGAUGACCCAGCUGCUGAGUAUAGGCUUCACAGAACAAGACGCUCGCCUGGGCCUGAGAGCCUGCAGAGGCAAUGUGGAGGCGGCUGUGAUGCACAUCACUCGCAGGAUGGAGGAGCGGGAUGAGAUAAAGAAGAAGGACAGGCAGCGUCUGGAAGACAUCAACACCCUCGUCGAGCUUGGCUACAACAAGAAAUCAGCAGCCCAGGCCCUCCAUGUGACCAACGGACAUCUGGAUGAAGCCUAUAGGUUUCUGCUGAAUUCGUCUCAAGCCAGCAGCUCUGGGACGCCUCAGCCAGACACAGACAGACAGACCGAAGUGGAUCAGGAGCGGGAUGAGAUAAAGAAGAAGGACAGGCAGCGUCUGGAAGACAUCAACACCCUCGUCGAGCUUGGCUACAACAAGAAAUCAGCAGCCCAGGCCCUCCAUGUGACCAACGGACAUCUGGAUGAAGCCUAUAGGUUUCUGCUGAAUUCGUCUCAAGCCAGCAGCUCUGGGACGCCUCAGCCAGACACAGACAGACAGACCGAAGUGGAUCAGAGGGAGGAAGUGAGGUUGAUGGGAGAUGAUGUAGCUCAGGCCACUCCACUACUCCUGGAUAAUCAGGGUGUCAUUCCUUCAGAGCUACGCUAUGCCUCAGCUCCAUCUUCCUUGUCAGAAGAGCCCAGCACCUCAUCAGAGGACUCCACAGCGUCCGGGUCGAACCUCCUUAAUGAUGAUCUGGUGAAGGAGGUUUUGGAGUACAUCCCCAGACAUGAAGAGGAUUACCUGGACGUAACUCUGGAGGAGGAGAGUGAGCUCAUUGCUCAAAUUAAGUCUUAUCUAGAGCAGUGCUCUGCAAACUCCCACUGAAGAGCUGCUCAUACUGUCUGUGCUUUCUGCAGUUGUGUGAGGUCAGUUUAGUGUGGAAGGUUAUCACUAACAUUAGCACCAGAUCUCUAAGUCUGGAUCAACACUUGGUUACAAGCCAGUAAUUGAAGCCAUUUUGGAAGUACUUUACAAACUCGAGUGUUUAUUUGAUCACUCCAUGUUUCUUUUACUUUACAGUAGAGCUUAUUUUCUCUUUAAAAUAUUAUCUCUAGCAGUUAUUGUUAGUUUUAUCACUGAUCAAUUGCAGGUUAUUUGAGUUUUGUCUUGAAAAAUGCAUGCUUCCAACUAUAUUUUCAGUAGUCUUUAAUAUUACAAUGGACCAUAAAGCUGGAACUUUGUUGAAUUUUUUUGUUGAACACGCAAUAAAUUGACAAGCUUUGA